AUGCCAUUGCCACCGGCGGAAUUUAGCCCCAAAGCUGCUGACCAGCAAGCAGAGAGGGUCCGUGAGGUAUUGCAAGCUCUCUCUGAAGUCGUGUUAGAAGCGAAAAAGCGAGGUCUUCCUCUCUCAGAAGCCUACGCGCACUUUGACCAGCGAGAUGAAGGGGUCGUGAGUGUGGACGACUUGAUACAAGCUGUUGUAGAGCUGCGUCUGUACCCAAGCUAUGAUCUAUGGAGUGAGCAAGACGCUGAAGAGUGCGUGGCUGUGAUCUCACGCGGCAAAUCGAGAGUCUAUUUCACGAAGGAAGAUUUUCCUGACCACCUUCAACACUGUCAAGAACACGCCACUGCUGCUUCGCAUACCUUGGCCAGCUUUCCUAAACAGAAGAAACAGGUGCGUGUGACGCUACCGGAGUGGGCUCAUGCUCGGAGCAAACGUGCACUAAAGGGGCUGGAAGCAAGACGUCGGUCCAAGUCGAAACCUCAGCCACCAUUAACUUUGAGCUCCACACCGAACUUCAACUCGGACAGCUCGUUGUCCGAACCAACCCCAGACAGCUUCAUCCAAUACAGCGACGUGUUUAACGAUGACGAGAAUAACGAGUCUGAUGUACAAGCCCCAGCUACUCUUCCACAGCUUGAUUUAAAGAAUAAACCUCACUCAGCAAAGACAGGAGAAAGCCCUGACGAUGUACUCGUAUUCCCGCUAUCGGAUAGAUGGAAGACAUUCCAGGUAGACGCAGAUACUACGAUCUCUUACGGCAUCCUCUCACAUGACACUAUGGAAUCAUCAUCUGAUGCGGAUAGUAAUCCAGCAGCUUGGCCCCCACGAUCGCGUCUAUCGGCCGAAAGUUCAGCUGAAGAGGAAGCGUCAGGACUUCCGAACACGACCGCAUUUCGACUAACUGUCUUCCUCGACGCUUUCCAGCGGUUAGAGACACUGGAAGCUUUCUUCCAUCCACUGCUCGUUCACUUUCCAAGAGGAAAAAUACUACUUUGUGGCUUCCCGACGCGCUCAAAACGCAUCACUACUUGGCACAACGCUCGUUUCGCGAGUGUCUACUCUAGAUUACUCGAGUACGUCAUGACUCGGUCUCGCGAGUGGCUUGUGCAGCCGAAACUGGGUAUUGGGGCUGUUCCACAGUAUCUCGUUGGUUUUGGUACUGGUGGCAGCACAGCUCUACAACUGCUAGGAAUGGAGUUGCCUAUGCGGCAGAGUAAAGGCGACGGCGGUGGAGCUCUUGGACUGUUUGCUCGGUCUUUACGUGGCCUUGUGCUGGUUAAUGCAGCUGCAAGCGUCACUGAUGUUGAAAGGAGAACACUACGUUCACUACAGAAAUUAUUGGACAAAAGAGCCACAAACACGGGAGAUGCUGUGGAGCUACACGAGGCGCUCGCAUCUGCGCUAUUUAGUGAUCACUAUCUCUCGCAAGUUGUGCAAAGUCGAUCAACAGCUCUUGAAAACUUCUUCCGAACUCGACCCAAAGCUGGUCAUCUGCUUAGGGUUUUACUGCGUGGUGCUGCCAAGAACCGAGACGGCACUGCGGCUAUCACUAAUCUGGCAGCUGUCGUCCCUGCGCCAUUCGCACUGAUCGUUGUUCAUGGGUCCCAAAACGCACUUUUCACACCUCAUCAAGUUGAAUUGAUGACAGGAAACAACGUGACAUCGUCGGUUGGGUUCUCACAAGUGAACAACGUGUCCGAAGCGUUAGCUCUCGAUAACGACGCAGAAGACACAUCUAACAAUGAUACUCGACACUUACAUGUGGCAUGGCUAAAAGGUGGUCACGAACUGCUGCAAGAACGAAGCUCCUUCUUUUACGAGUUGUUCCGUCAGCUUGCCACCGCAGAAACUUCAGAACCGCCAUCAAUACUCCGUCAGCGAGUCUGUGAGGAGCUAUCUACGCGAGGCCUUGCGUGGAUUCAGCAAGAGCUGUACGACCGAGGGAUUGAAGGCGCUGGUCCGACUGAAAUCAUCCUCGAGCGCUACGAGCGUGUACUUAGUCAAGAAGAAGAACGCGCUCGUCAACAGGAACGCGAUAAGCAGUAUAUGCACGCAAAGCAUGACGAGAUCGAAGCUCAACGUCGCGCAAAGCAAGAAGAAGCGAACGAGCGUGAACAGCGAGCUCUUGACGCCCGACGAGCAAUCCAGAGACGUGAACGAGAGUCCCAGCAAGCGUUUUUUAAGCAAAUGGAAGCCAAGAAACUCGAGAACGCGAGGAGAUUACAGGAAAACGAGAACACGACGCUAGAAGACGCUCGGUCGCGGAAAGUAGAGCAACUAAUCGCUAGUGAUCUCGAACGUAGUGAUCGGAAUCGCGCUGUGGUUAUUCAAAUGGGUGAGCUAGAAGCUGAGCGUCAAGAACACGUCCGUCGCGAGGCGCAAGUGGAGCUCCAAGCACGUCGACUUGAGGAGCAGAAAGCGCAUCGAGAAGCGCUCAAAACCAUCCAACGCGAGUUCGAGCAGAAUCAGCUCGUGUCCAGUCCUGUGGAGGCUUAUUGGCUGGACGCUCCAGCGGUCUACGAGCGCUUUGACGACAUCUCCAGUGGCGCACGUGUGCUGGCUACAGACUUAGUGCACUUUAACGAGAUCAAAGCGCUUCAAAUGCGCGAGUCAGCCGACAAACGCCUCGAGUUGGAGACACUGCAACGCGGUCCUCUGGCUGCGAAGGAACUGGAGGUCCGGAACUUGGAGCGUGUUCAAGCCAAAGCACAAAGCACUGGGACGAUCGCCAAAGCAGGUAUGGGCACUGUUCGCAUUGUGCCUAUCACUCCAGUGGAGAUACAGACACUUGGACGAGAUCUUGACGUUGCGCGCGAUGAGCUGGAGCGAUUACAGAGCGAUGCAGCUCUGCGUCGUAAGGAUCUGGCAUGGAAAGACCAGCUUCUCCAGCGGGUGAGCGUUAUUAUCCAGCGCAAUGAACGUUUCCGAGAAGAAGUGCUAGCGAAGCUCUCGCUUUGCGCUGAUAUGGGCAACGAGAGAGUGCUAUCGCUUCGAGAGGAUAACGAUGCGCUGGAAUGCAAGUGUGACGCACUCAUUGAACUGCGUGAUAAGCUGAAGCUGCGGCAAGAUGCCGUGCGAGGUGAAUGCGAGCGUGCGCGAGCUGCGACGACGGCCUUUUUUGAUACCAAGUUGAGAGUCGUAGGCGCUCUCCAACGCGUACAGCGGACAGUUGUUAUCAAAGAGCUUGAGGUGGAGAAUGACGCUUUGUCUGAGCGAAUAAAAGCGCUCGACCAGCAGGACGAAGCAGCACAUAUCGCGUUGGAAAAGGGUAGAGCCACGCUAGAAGAAGAGGGUGUCGCUGAGAGUGUGCGACUGAAGAAGCAUGUCGAUCGAUCGCCCGAGGAGAAAAUGUGGGUGGCGCUGGACUUCUUGCUCAACUUCGCGUACUACUACAAGCACGUGACAGCAGAAGAGGUUGAGAUCAUCCAAAAGAGCGCGGAGUAUCAGCAACAGAGCAAAGCUAAGCUGACUGUGGAUCAACUCCAGCGUUUGAUGCAACUUCCAGCACGCAAUUGCCUCGCCUUGGCGUUCUUCAAGUCGCAGGAGGAAAUGGAAGCUCACUAUCUGCUGCGCAAGUACACGGUUGGCGAUGGCGAAGAGUACUUCGCUCAACUAGAUCACGACUUCGAAGCGCCUAGGGGUGUAGCAGCUGCACGCGCGAGUCUCACGUCUAGUCUUGCUGAAAUGCUAUCUGCUCUUCAGACGAUCGCAGACGCUUCGUCUCAGCGUGCCUAUCGGUGUCCAAGAGCUCGAGCUGCGUUGUUAGAUGACAAGAUGCCGCUUCUUACGCUUCUCCACGUGCCCCAAAGCCAAAUUUUCCCGCAUAAAAGCACCACACACAGCUUCCAACUGCCCAAGGACGGCGAGGGUGUGGCUGUGUUAUCACUCAGUGUCUCCAUCGUCUUCCAGGGACAUUUCAAGUCGGUCGGCUAUCAAAAUGGACGUCUAGCUGCCAUGAUGUACAUGUUGCCACCAGUGACCGACCCGGAUUCAUUGCAGCGAACGUUCCAAGCCCCAAUUCCCAUUGGCAAAUGCUUCUACGUCGAGGAUCUUGCACUGUGUUUCCCGCAUAGCAUGGGUAGACUUGUUCUCCGACACGAGCCUCAAGUCAUCCCGCUUAGUGCUGCAGCCACGUAUCAAGUUGUAGUGGGAGCACCAGUCUUCACAGCGUACUCUCUGCAAGUACACGCACGCACGGCCUUGUUCGCUGAUGAAGUGUUACGAAGGAAACGUGUCGAUGCCCUAAAGAAGCAAGACUUGUUGCCUCGCAAGCAAGACGAACUGCAGAAUGUCUUCUUAACUAUCCAGCUGAGCGAACGUAAGAAGCGAUUAGCACGUCGACUUGCCACCGAAGCCAAAGACCAAGCGCGUGCUGCAGAACUGGAGCUGUUGGGGAAUAAUCUGAAGCUGGAACGCGACAACGCAGAGCCUCUACUGAGCCACGAAGGGCGUCGAGAUCUCCACAACGCGAUACGAAGAGCCAACGAGAUGUUCACGAACUGCUGCUUCUUGUUCUCUAAGCGUGAGGAAGAAGUACGCGACAUCGAACAGAGUCUGCGAGAACUCAGCAGGAUCCACGUAGAUGUACUCGAAGACUGUGAGAAGAUGGAGCAGGUGCUGGCUGAGUACCGCACUUAUCUGCCUCCGAUCGCAGCUCUACUACAUGUAGUAGGAGACCGAGAUGUCGACAGUGGAGACGCCGUAGCAGCCAAACUCGCUAGAGAACUCAACGUCGAGUACGUUAAUAAGAGCGGUACAAAGUCGUCCAAAGUGCGCUGGGCGGAGCUGUCUGCCAUGAAAGCCAAGCUUCCCUCCAUGAUGACUCCAGCUGAGCGACUGCGACGAAAAUACAAGAGAGGGCGAGACACGCUAGACAAGAAAGAGCGCGAGUGGGUGAUCCUGGAUCGUAUCCUUUAUCCGAGAAUGUAUCGAUGGGAGCAAGACAAACACGGAGGUGCAGCAGACGGAGGAUACACGAAAGCCCCCGGCGUGAACCUUCGGCUACACGGAGCAUACCCGAAGCUGUCGAAAGACGAGGAACAGCUCGCAGCUUUCUCUCAACUGGAAGUUGAGCGUAUCCUAAAAGCUCCGUGGAAUCUGCUAGAGCGGAAAGAGAUCUUGAUUCGUAAGAUACUCACGCGAUUCCGAGACGAUCAUGGGAGCAACGCCAAGCAUAGAACUGCUCCCAAUCAUUCGACGAUGGUGACGCUGUUACGAGCCCAGAAACCCACAGAAUUGACUCGAGAGGAGCGUGAGUGGCGCUUGUACGACCAACUUCUGAACCCCAUGUACUUUCCUGUCAACUUCAAACGAAUGGCGAAGGAACUCGCAGAAGCUACUGCUACACCAGGUGGUCUAGAGGAGGUGACGAUCUCGACCAAGAUAACGAGACAAGAUCUCCUCACCGCUAUCAACACGCGAGAGGAAGAGCUGUAUAAACUGCCUAGUGACUUGCUGCGAGGACGUACGUUGCUGCUCAAGUACGAUCCUCAACUCAGCGUGAACCUCAUCACUGCUGCGCGGACCCAGCAGCAGAGUCAGGACUCUCAAACGAGGACGGAUGGCGUCAACCUUGACGUGGAUGCACGGUGUCGUCUUGUGUUUCAGGAACUUCAGCGUGCAAUCGCUAACACGAGGAACGAGUUCAUGGACUCGAAUGUACUGCACUCCACACUACAGCGAUUCCCCACAAAAGUGCUGCGACUUGAGCUAGAGAAAGACUUGGACCGCCUGUUGAUCUCGCAGAUUAAGGAAAAAGAAGACUUCGAGCUCGCCAACUUCCUCUCCAAGAAAGAAACUACUGCCACCAACGGAGAUGCCGUGUCUGACUCUGACAGUGACGAGGAAGCCGUGAUUGCUCGCGAAAUGGAAGCCAGACGCAAGGCCACGGAAGACGCCAAACAAGGACCGAAAGUUCGAGGUAAAGCACUCAAGCACAAGUCUCUACAGAGGCAACGUCGGGAGAUCAAGAACGCACUUCAAGGACGCAGUCUCGAGGAGCAGCGUAUGGUCCUUCGCGAGCAAGAACUUGGUCCUGGCGGAUGUACCGCUUGCUGGACGAAUCCUUGUCAGUGGAAACCUUUCCUAGAGGAGUCGUACGUGACAAUCCAGGAGCGUAUUGACGUCAUCCACGAGGAGUUGGAGCGUGUAAAACACUGUCCUGAUCUCACGAUCACAUCGAACGUCUGUCUGACUGCAGUUAAGUCCGGGAACCGAGCCAUUACGUUGCGUAAGAGCGACUUGUUUGACGAGCUGACGUCGGAGGUGAAGAUCUGGGAGAAGAACUUGCGCUUGAAAGCUGUCGACGAGGAAUUCCACGAGACUUUCCGCUCCAAAAACGACUUCUUCGAGACGCAAGCACUGCACGGCUUUCGACAGAUCCAGCACAAGAACAAAGUGCAGAUAGCUCUUCAACGCGAGCACAAUGUGUUGGUUGCGCAUCUUACAGCGUACGAAGUGGUCGAAGACGUGCUUGAAUCCUUGCUAGAAGGAUGGAUCCUCGGCGAGCGCGAGUCCGAGCGACAAGUACUUGGCUACGUCCCCAGUUUGAAGCGCGAAGGACCGUUAACGAUGCAGGAUCUUCGACGCUUUGAACAAGAUCGUCGCAUCCUUCAAGUUCGUCAGGAUAUUCGUGACGAACAGCUACAGAAUGCUCAGGGAGUACCCUCCGAUAAGUGGAGACCCAUUGAGGUGGAAGCUUUCCAAGUCAAUCUUACCAAGAAGGCAGUGCAGAAGGGCUCGGAACUGGAUAAAUCACUCACCGAGACGGAGAACGCGUUAGAGUUCGGACUCUUCUGCAUGACACUUAUGUACUUCCGAGGCUUGUCGUUGCUCAAAAAGCAGAAGACUGUCUGGUCCGUCUCGACUGCAAAGCGUAGUGCUGAACACACGAAAAGUGCAGAGCGUCUUCGUAUGGACAGAGAGAAGAGGAAUGUGACACUGCGAGCUCGUAAGGCAGCACUCUACGAUGAGAAAGCUCAGGUGGGUCAAGCACGCAAGCAGAAAUUCCACGAGCAAAAGCUGGCAGCCUAUAGGAAGCGUAUGGUGGACGAGAACCGCAAGGCCACGAGAGAGCGGAUGGCUGCCACCAACAUCCAGCGCGUGUAUCGUGGCCACUUGGGCAAAAUUGCAGGCAAAAAGUGGAUGCUGCGUCGACGAGAGAUCGACGCUCAACGUGCUUUGGAUCAUGCGGCAGCCGCCAUGUUACAGCGCGCAUACCGCGGUCGUCUUGGUAGAAUGGCGGCCGAAGACCAGCGCGUGGAGCUUUCCGAGUUUAUUUCUCAGAUACGAGCGGAGGAGGCCAUUGCCGAAGAGGAAGAGUACUGGGAGAACCACAGAAUGGAGCGCUUAGCCCGGAAAGUCACAGCGUUCGUCAAAAAGGUUUGA